UUUCACUAGAUUUUUCUCUGGCCUAGUUAGCGAUCUUAACUGGGACACAUCAUUAAUUUGUUCCUCUCGAUUUCUGAAGAAAUCUUGAUUCAGCCUUAUUAGUGUGAGAGUAUUCAUUUUUCUGAUUUUUAAGUCUUACUUCCCAAUUCACCAUAUCUCAAAAUCACUCACACCAACGUUUCAAAAACUCUUUUCACACACACACACACUAAUUUCAGCUACCUUCUUCAGAGCUCUUGAAUUAAAUCACCAUCUAAUUGUUUUGUCUCAUGCAAGAGUUAAUUUUUCAAAAGCAUCUCCUACUAAAUUAAAGCACGGUGACCACCAAAUCUUUCUCUUCUAUUCUUCUCAUUGUUGUUGAUCAUGGUCAAAACGCACGAAUCUCAUCAUAGAUGAUUUGAAGGAGAAAAGCGAAAGUAGUGAAACUUCCAAAAGGCAACCAAAGCCGAAAAAGUCGAAUUUCGGGAUAAUGAGCAUGUGGGAAUCAGAAAGUGAAGCAGCAGCUGGAAGGGAAUAUGGGGGUGGAAUUCUCACCUCAACCAAACAUGGUGUUAAAAUUGAAGGGUUUCAUCAAAGAGGCAACUCUUGGUAUGUUUCAGCUGAUAUUCCAAGUGAUCUUCAAGUCCAAAUUGGAGAAGCCAAUUUCCACUUGCACAAGUAUCCUUUACUAUCUAGAAGUGGAAAGCUGAACAGAAUCCUAUACGAUUCCCGCAACCCCGACUUGAAUAAGAUAGCUAUGGACGAUCUUCCUGGAGGGCCAGAGGCUUUUGAACUGGCAGCCAAGUUCAGCUAUGGAGUUGCUAUAGAUUUGACAGCAGGAAACAUUUCUGGCCUAAGAUGUGCUGCCGAGUACCUUGAAAUGACCGAGGAUCUAGAAGAAGGUAAUCUUAUAUUCAAGACUGAAGCUUUUCUUAGCUAUGUUGUUUUGUCUUCAUGGAGAGACUCAAUAGUAGUGUUGAAAAGUUGUGAGAAGUUGUCUCCGUGGGCCGAAAACCUUCAAAUCGUCCGAAGAUGCAGCGAGUCUAUAGCUUGGAAAGCUUGUGCUAAUCCGAAAGGAAUAAGGUGGGCGUAUACCGGAAGAGCACCAAAAGUUUCUAGUCCAAAAUGGAAUGAAAUGAAAGACUCAAGUCCUAGUAGGAAUCAAUUGGUUCCUCCUGAUUGGUGGUUCGAAGACGUUUCGAUCCUUAGGAUUGAUCACUUUGUUAGAGUCACUACUGCUAUUAAGGUAAAAGGUAUGAGAUUUGAACUGAUUGGUGCUGGAAUAAUGCACUAUGCAACUAAAUGGCUACCAGGAUUGGGAAAUGACGCUGCAAUCGCAGUAGAGGAAACAAGCAUCAAUAACGGUAACAAUAGUUCUAGUAGCGGAAGCGACGGUAGCUGGAAAGGUGGACUUCAUAUGAUUGUUGCAGCCGGAACUAGGGAUGAAACUUCAAGUCUUCAAGCUAAGGAUCAAAGGAUGGUUAUUGAGAGUCUCAUCAGCAUAAUUCCGCCGCAGAAAGAUAGUGUCUCGUGUAGCUUCCUUCUUAGGCUUCUGAGAAUGGCAAACAUGUUAAAGGUUGCACAUGCAUUGAUUACUGAUUUAGAGAAAAGGGUAGGAAUGCAGUUUGAGCAAGCUUCACUGAAUGAUCUUUUGAUUCCUUGUUAUAGUAAAAGCGAGACUAUGUAUGACGUGGAUCUUGUUCAGAGGUUGUUGGAGCAUUUUCUUGUUCAAGAACAGGUUGAAGGUUCUAGUCCAAGCAGACAACAAUCAUUAUCGGACAAGCUUGUGGGAAGUAGCCUAAAUGCUAAAGCAAGAGUGGCUAGACUUGUGGACAGUUAUCUUACAGAGGUAUCAAGAGAUAGAAAUCUUUCAUUGACAAAGUUUCAGGUUCUUGCAGAAGCUUUGCCUGAGUCAGCUAGAACUUCUGAUGAUGGACUAUACCGGGCAAUCGAUUCAUAUCUCAAGGCACAUCCAACACUAACUGAGCACGAAAGGAAGCGACUCUGCCGUGUAAUGGAUUGUCAGAAACUCUCCAUUGAUGCAUGCAUGCAUGCUGCUCAAAAUGAAAGGCUUCCAAUAAGGGUAGUGGUACAAGUUCUAUUCUCUGAACAGGUAAAGAUAAGCAAUGCACUAGCCAACAACAAUUCUCUGAAAGGCGGCGGCGUUGAAUCUCAAUUCCAACCAAUAAUAACAAACAGGAAAACACUUCUAGAAGGGACACCACAAUCAUUCCAAGAAGGAUGGUCAACAGCUAAGAAAGACAUUAACACACUAAAGUUUGAACUUGAGAGUGUGAAAACAAAGUAUUUGGAACUUCAACAUGAUAUGGAAAAUCUGCAGAAACAAUUUGAUAAGGUGAUGAAGCAAAAGCAUACAUCAGCUUGGACUAGUGGGUGGAAGAAACUGAGCAAACUUACAAAAAUGACAAAUGUAGAAAAUCAUGAUAUUGCUAAUCACAUUCCAACUUCUGAAGAACAGAACAGAAAGACAACUAGAAGGUGGAGAAACUCAAUAUCUUGAGAUACAUCAAAUUCUCAAUUUCAUGAGUAUUUAUUGAUACCUCUCAAAUUAAUUUGUGUUUGGACUUUUUGUCUUUUCUUUGUCAUAUUUCAUUCAUUAAUGAAAAUUCUAUGAAAUUCAAAUAACAUGUAAUUUUAUUACCAAGUCAAAUCAUAAUUUUCUUGUGUGAAA